AUGGCUUCCAAUUUCAGAAUAGUGAAGGCAGCUGCAGUUCAGGCAGAGCCUGUAUGGCUUGAUCUCGAAUCCACGAUUGCGAAGACAUGCCGGCUGAUCAAAGAGGCGGCUUCAAACGGUGCCCAAAUUGUGUCAUUCCCAGAGGCAUUUGUUCCAGGAUAUCCAGCAUGGAUUUGGGUGCGUGCAAUGGACUUCGAGACGAACAUUCGCUACGCUGAUAACUCCCUCUCUAUUGACUCCGAAGAGAUGGAGCGGCUGAAGGCUUGUGCAGCCGAAAAUAAUAUCGUUGUUUGUCUCGGCUAUUCUGAGCGAGAAGGGAACUCGUUAUAUAUUGGUCAGUAUACUAUCGAUAAUACCGGCGAGCUGGUAAUGUCCAGGCGAAAACUUAAGCCUGUUCACAUGGAGCGUACCAUUUUUGGAGAUGGAAAUGGUCCUUCCCUAAACAAUGUCGCAACGACUGGUGUUGGGAGGGUUGGGCAACUUUCUUGUGCCGGAGAAGAAAUUCACUGUGCUGCCUGGCCCCCUGUAGCACCCCAUCCAGGCGGGCCAGCUCCCUAUUCCAUGGCAGAUGAAGCUGUUGCAUCUUUCUCAAGUGUAUACUCUAUGCAGGCACAGUGUUUUACUCUCCAUUCAACCGCCGUUAUCUCGCAACCAUCUAUCGAAAAACUGGGCGUCGAACAGACUCCGCUGUUUAACCAACCAGGCGGUGGCAAUGCCAGGAUUUAUGGCCCCGACGGACGACUUCUGACUAAAGAUUUGCCGCCUUCUGAAGAAGGCAUGGUAUAUGCAGAUUUGGAUAUGAGCUUAAUUACUAAGGAGAAGGGUUUCUUGGAUAACUGUGGCCACGCUGGAAGACCGGAACUGUUGUGGCUUGGACGCCAUGCGUCUCACCAGGGGCCAGUUCGUUCCGCCUAG